GAGCGCCAAUGCCCGGACCGACCCAAGCCCUGUCCCCAAAUGGCGAGAACAACAACGACAUCAUCCAGGAUAACGGGACCACCAUCAUCCCCUUCAGGAAGCACACGGUGCGGGGGGAGCGCUCCUACAGUUGGGGAAUGGCGGUCAACGUGUACUCUACCUCUAUAACCCAGGAGACUAUGAGCAGACAUGACAUCAUUGCAUGGGUUAAUGAUAUAUUAGCUUUAAACUACACAAAAGUUGAACAACUCUGUUCAGGAGCAGCUUACUGCCAAUUUAUGGACAUGUUGUUCCCAGGGUGCAUUAGCUUGAAGAAAGUAAAAUUUCAAGCAAAGCUGGAGCACGAGUACAUUCACAACUUCAAACUUCUGCAGGCGUCAUUUAAAAGAAUGAAUGUGGAUAAGGUAAUUCCUGUGGAAAAACUGGUCAAAGGGCGCUUCCAAGACAACUUAGAUUUCAUCCAAUGGUUUAAGAAGUUCUUUGAUGCUAACUAUGAUGGGAAAGAGUAUGAUCCUGUGGAAGCUCGACAAGGCCAAGAUGCUCUUCCUCCACCAGACCCUGGUGAACAGAUCUUUAACCUGCCCAAAAAGUCUCACCAUGCAAACUCUCCAACUGCAGGCGCUGCUAAAUCCAGUCCAGCUUCUAAACCAGGAUCAACACCUUCUCGCCCAUCUUCAGCAAAAAAAGCUGCACCAAGCAGCUCAGCAUCCAAAUCAGAUAAAGACCUGGAAACCCAAGUCAUACAGCUCAGUGAACAGGUACAUUCAUUAAAACUUGCACUUGAAGGCGUGGAGAAGGAAAGGGAUUUCUACUUUGGCAAAUUAAGGGAGAUUGAACUUCUCUGCCAAGAACACGGGGGAGAGAAUAAUGACCUUGUCAAUCGGCUAAUGGAAGUCCUUUAUGCUUCAGAUGAACAUGAGAGCCACACAGAUGAGCAUGAAGGUGAAGAGCAAGUCCAUGAACAGCCCCAGCAGCAGGAUGAGUACUGACUCACGCAGCAUCUCUGACAAUUUUCGUUUUGUGUGAGAACUUUCUUCUGGAGAAUGGAACAUGUGCGGCCUCAAACUUGAAAUCAGUUCACUCCCAGUCUGCCAUUAACAUUUAUGUACCAUAGUGAGUGCCAGCCAACCACUGCAUUCUGUACCAAUACUUUGCCAAGAUGCAUUUGCAGACGUCUUCUUUCAGUGUAUCUUCCCAAGAGGUUGUAGGGCUACAUCACCUACUGUACAUCACUGCAACGUCACCACUUGGCUGCUUGAGAUUUGUUCUGCUCUUUAAAAAUAUAUAUAUUUAUUUUUUUUCUUUGUCUUAAGUAUGAUACACUUGUAACUUGUUCUAACAUAUUUAUAUUGGCAUUUUGUGUGGCAAGGAGUUCUGUACCACUAGCUGUGUCUCUCACUUUGUGGUGCUUUUGCAUUUUCUAGUACAUCUGCCUUGGGGCAUCAAUUUGGCCAAACAGUUGAAAUCAAGGGAUACAGUGGAUGUCCUACUCAAGCCAUUACGAUGAAGUUGCAUUGUGGAGGAAAACGCUUGUGUUGCUGACAUUUAUUCCUUUCCUGCCUUCACAGAUGGAAGGCAGAGCAUCUGUUUCACUGGGAGGUUUAAACCCCUGUGUUAGGAAGCUUGUUAGAAAGCUGCAUGGUAUGUUUUUUGGCUGAGUUCUGGAGGAACAGACAUCCACUUAAGCUUUUUGAAAACCCUUCCAGUUUCCUCACUAGUCAAUAGACAUUUCCCACUUUUUCUUCCUUUCUGAGGAAUCCAGUCCCAGCUUCCAGCUGCAGCUCCACCUCUGCAGAACUCAUUGCUGAGGGAGGAGAGAAAUCUCCUUGACACAAGAAUUGCUGCAGGACACAGUCUCUACCAUCAUCCUUGGCUUCCCACCUCUCAGAAAAGAAGAAAGUAGGUCAGCCAUUCCUUUCCACUUUCCUUCCCUCUUCCACUGCCCCAGCCAUACAAGUAUAGAAGACAGAAAUUUUGUCACUAGUGCAAAGUAUGAGGGAAAAGAGCAACAGCACUGGCCCCAAACCAAACCCCAAACUCCCCUGUAAGUGGAUGGUGGACACUUCACAGGUUUAAGGCUGCUUCCAAAGCACGGAGAGGAAGUGAGGAGUCCUCCUGGAGACAGGGCACAUAUCAGAAGGGGACUAUCUGACUGAGGGCACAGAGCUGGUUCUUCUCUUGGCUGACCCUUCUCCUUUGAGGCCAGUGUGGUGCAGAACCACGUGUGCACUGGAGAUGGCUGCAGUGGGAGUGUUCCCUUCCAAUCUGGACCCAUGGCCCUGGUCUAAAUGAUGGUAUUUUAUAACAGAGGUAUCUUGAAGUAUAAAAAGCAUUCCUUGUUCUUCUCCUACCACUGUGCAUUGUAGUCUCUCUGGUUAUUUAAUGCCUGGUAUUCUUGGUCUCUCACUUCAUUUUCUGAAUUCUGGUUUGUUGUGCUGAUUUAGCAGAUAUGUGGAAGUCCCAUCCCAAUUGGUAUUUACUGCACAGCCUAUUGAACAGCUAAAUCAUUUUUAGGCAUUCAUAGGCUCCCCAGCUUAUGCUUCCAUAGAAAGGUUUCCAAUGAAUCAGCCCCCAGGCACACACACAUGCACAUGCAGUUUUCCAUUCCUAAUCAAUCUUCUGCAGCUAAGUGGCUCUUAGUUAAAUGUGAGAACCCUGCUGUUGUGCUGCACCACUGACAAUAUAUAAAAUGCAGUUGAGCACCAGAACAGGUAUUUCCAGUUCCUUGAUCCUCCCCCUGCACAGCAGAAGAGUUUCUGGACCCUGCAGGCUGAAGUUUUCCCAGCCCUGCACCCAGUAUUGACCUCACAUCCUACCCAGUGAUGAAAUCAAACUGCUGCAACCUGCAGGCCAGCGCUUUCCUCUCCCGUUUCAAUUGGUUACAAAUAAGGUUUGGUUUAUAAAAUCGUGUUUUUUCCAAAAUAAUUAUUUCCAGGAAUCACCACAAAUGGGGGAAUUGUCAUUUUUGUUGUAUUUGUGUUUAUUAGAACAUAUGUACUUAUUACAAUUGUCAUUGUAAUAAACAGUAGUUCUUCAUAAUACUGUUGAAGAGCAGUUACUAAUUUUUUUCCAGACUCCAGAAUGUCCUUUAACCUUUAUGGGAUCUCUGAAUGGGGCGAGGAGUUUGGGAUCAGGCUAUAAAAUUAAUUUCAUCGGCAUGUCUCUGCUUACUGGAGUUCAUCCUUCUUCCAAUACUUGAGCAGGUGCACGGAGAGCACUUCAAGGGAAAACAUUAUUCUGAAGGUGCAAAUGGUUGGGGUUGCUGAGCUCCCCAGACAGUUCAUAGCCAGGCUGUUGUGCCUCUCUUCUUUUCUCUCUUUUGAAGCACAUAUGAAAAAAAGUU